GAUACUUGCAGCAGUUUGUUGUUGGUUGGUUCAACAUGACUUUUUCUCUCUUUUCUUCUCUUCUUUUCCUUCUUUCUACCUUUUCCACCCUUUCUCACUCCCUCGCUCCCCAUUCCCACCACCAACCUCACUCUGCCACACACAACUACAGAGAUGCUCUCACAAAAUCCAUCAUCUUUUUUGAGGGUCAGAGGUCAGGGAAGCUCCCUUCUAACCAGAGGAUGUCUUGGAGGAGGGACUCUGCUCUAUCUGAUGGCUCCGCCAUGAAUGUUGAUUUGGUUGGAGGGUACUACGAUGCUGGGGACAAUGUGAAGUUUGGUUUUCCCAUGGCCUUCACCACCACCAUGCUUUCUUGGAGUGUUAUCGAGUUUGGUGGGGUGAUGAAAGGUGAGUUGCAGAAUGCCAGAGAGGCCAUUCGUUGGGGCACAGAUUAUCUUCUUAAAGCUACUGCUCAUCCAGACACCAUUUAUGUCCAGGUGGGAGAUGCUGAGAAGGACCACGCUUGUUGGGAGAGGCCUGAGGACAUGGACACCCCAAGAAGUGUUUUCAAAGUAGACAAAAACAACCCUGGUUCAGAUGUGGCUGCAGAAACUGCUGCGGCUCUUGCAGCUGCUUCUCUGGCUUUCAAGAAAACUGACCCAGCCUAUUCCAAAACUUUGGUUAGGAGGGCUAUUCGUGUUUUCCAGUUUGCUGAUAAAUACAGGGGAUCCUACAGCAAUGGCUUGAAGUCCGUUGUGUGCCCCUUUUAUUGCUCCUACUCUGGUUAUCAGGAUGAACUGUUGUGGGGAGCUGCUUGGCUUCACAAGGCUACUAAGAACCCAAUGUACCUAAACUACAUUCAAGUCAAUGGACAGACCCUUGGGGCUGCAGAUUCUGAUAAUACCUUUGGAUGGGAUAACAAGCAUGUUGGAGCAAGGAUACUGCUUUCUAAGGAAUUUCUUGUUCGGAAGGUGCAAUCCCUGCAUGACUACAAGGGACAUGCAGACAAUUUUAUCUGUUCUGUUAUCCCUGGUUCCUCCUCUUCUCGAUUCACCCCAGGUGGACUUCUGUUCAAGAUGGGUGAUAGCAACAUGCAGUAUGUGACUUCCACCUCCUUCAUACUCUUAACUUACGCUAAGUAUUUAACCAAAGCCCAUGUGGUUGUGAACUGCGGUGGAGCCACGGUGACUCCAAAGAGACUACGUGUUAUAGCCAAGAAACAGGUGGAUUACUUGUUAGGAGAGAACCCCUUGAAGAUGUCGUACAUGGUGGAUGGUCCACGGUAUCCGCGAAGGAUACACCACAGGGGCUCAUCGCUGCCGUCCAUUGGUGUUCACCCUGGCAAGAUCCAAUGCUCGGCAGGGUUCAGUGUGAUGAAUUCAGAAUCACCCAAUCCCAAUACUCUAGUGGGUGCCGUUGUUGGAGGACCGGAUCUGAAUGAUCGGUUCCCUGAUGAACGGUCAGAUUACGAGCAAUCAGAGCCUGCUACUUAUAUCAACGCACCUCUUGUGGGAUCGCUUGCUUAUCUUGCACACUCUUUUGGCCAACUCUAGGGAACAGUGUCUCCAACUUGUGUUUGCACCUUUUGUUUUAAUUAAAUGUCAGUACUUACUAACCUGUUUAAGUGUUAAAUCCAGUUUGUUAAGUGUUGAUUUUAAUGGAAGAAGUUUUACGUUUA